GUCAACUUCGGGGUCAGCCACCUUCACGCUGCCAUCAUGACACUGCACUGGUGGAUGCACUGGUUCUGGGUGACGGCGCUGCUCACAAUUCAAGCAAGCGGUGGCCAGACUGCAGCUGUACCUCAACCCCAAUCAGAAGAGCUUCAAUACAUCACGACCGACUUAGGAGAGAAACAUUCAGAGAGGCAAAGUAGGGCGAUGUACUUCCCCAAGCCAGCCUCAACUAGUGCCAGGCCUCCGCCACUUAACGUCACCGAAGAAAAUUUUCUAGAGGUCAUCUCAAAGAACGAUUCAGUCGCAGAAGCUGUCCUUAACGCAACACAAUGGACAGCAGUUGAAACCACAGAUAUGAACUUAACCAAAAUUUAUCAAGAACCACCAAAAAUCAAUAAUGUUACAAACAUAAACACAACCGAAGCCGUAACGACUGUUAACCCAACAGAAACGUUAAAUACAACAAAGAAAAGAAACUUGACGAGGCCAGAUUUUGUCAAAGACGACUCGAGUAUAGAAAGUGCUUUGGAAAGCAGAAUAGUUACUGACAAGCCUCUUUCUCUGGAGACGACAUAUCUACAGACGAGGAUACCUCCAAAUAUAGAGUUGUAUAGACGAGUUGAGAGUUCCGAAGGCGGUAUGGACACGGGAGCUAUUGCUGGGAUAUCGUUCGCUGCUUUGGUGUUGGCGGCAUUGGCUGGAAGCACGGCCUUUGUGUUGUACAGGAGGAGGUACCUGAAUAAGCCUCAAACGUUGAAUGACAAGUGCUCGAAUCCAGAUUCCAGUGGAUAUCUUGACGAUAGCACAAUCAGGGAUAAUUCAGAGGAGAUGUACAGCCUGGACAACGAUUCGUUCCUAAACUCCCUGGAAGCUAUGACCAUUCAGAACUACUGGACCGACACCGUCAAACACACCAAGCUAUGAACAUUCGUGAACACUAUAUAAACUUUGGUAUAUCCUGGACUUAGUAAUUGUGAUUUCGUGAAUCAUUAUAGUGUAGUUAAAAGUAUCAAAUAUGUAAUCUAAGUACAGAUUAUAUUGAACGAAAAGAGAUUUCUAGUAGUUGUUAUUGUAAAACAAAUUAGAUUACUUAACCUUUUGGUCACUUUUGUGUGGAGGCUUUUGAAUAACUUUGCAUACUUAUACCCGUUGCAUUAAACACUAUUAGUAAAAUGAUCUCUCAAGUUUUGCUUUCAUGAUGUCAUAAGAUUAUAAUUAAGUUUAAAACCGGUUCAGAAACUACAUGUCAGUACUUACUAAUAAUUUAUUCUUAUUCUAAAAUGGUUAAUUCCAAAGAACUGCGGGCCCCUAGUUACUUGUAAAAAACCUUCUGCUACUUCUCUAUGGUACAACUUCGAUAGAAGGCAAAAGUUUUCAGCAAUAUGUAAUUACCUUUAUGAGGCUUAUUAAUAUGGCAAAUAGUACGUACAGUCAAGAGCACAUUAAACUUGACACUUUGAACUUUGGACCGCUCUUACCGAAAGCGGCAUGGACUUGAAUUUAUAUCUUAAGUGUCAAGCUUAACGUACUCUUGACCCUGUACAUUGUUGUCUGAAUCUAAAAUCAACAGCCUAUUUACCUAUCCCGGACAAAACAAUCUGACAUUGUCUUUUCGUGAUUCAAGUAAAUUUAUUCCACCUGUCAUAAUAUUUAACAUCUAUGCUCAGAAAUAAAAAAACGUUUAUUUUAUGGGUUUUAAAAUUAAACACAGUCAAGAACACAUCAAGCUCAAGCUUGACUUUGAAAUUCAACUCUAUGCCGUUUAUAAUUACAACGAUCCAAAGU